AACAAGCCUUACUUCAGGAACAAGAAGUAGAGCAAAAGGGGGAAAUCGCUCUCACUGCAAAUUUGUGUUCCUUCGUGAAAUAAAAUUCCGAUGGCAACGGCUAUGGUGGAAGAUUCGAGCUUCGAAGACGACCAGCUCGCUUCCAUGACAACCGAAGAAAUCGUCCGAGCCUCUCGUCUUCUCGAUAACGAGAUCCGCAUCCUGAAGGAGGAGUUGCAAAGAACAAAUUUGGAUUGGGAUUCGUACAAGGAGAAGAUAAAGGAGAAUCAAGAGAAGAUUAAGCUUAAUAAGCAGUUGCCCUACUUGGUCGGCAACAUUGUUGAGAUUUUGGAAAUGAACCCAGAGGACGAGGCUGAGGAAGAUGGUGCGAAUAUUGAUCUUGACUCACAAAGAAAGGGAAAAUGUGUUGUGCUGAAAACAUCUACUCGUCAGACCAUCUUUCUUCCUGUUGUUGGGCUUGUUGACCCUGAUAAAUUAAAGCCUGGUGAUUUGGUCGGGGUGAACAAAGAUAGUUACUUGAUCUUGGAUACGCUGCCAUCCGAGUAUGAUUCUCGAGUAAAGGCUAUGGAGGUUGAUGAAAAACCUACUGAAGACUACAAUGACAUUGGAGGGCUAGAGAAACAGAUCCAAGAAUUGGUUGAGGCCAUUGUUUUGCCCAUGACACACAAAGAGCGAUUUCAGAAAUUAGGAAUUCGUCCACCUAAGGGAGUGCUCUUGUAUGGACCUCCUGGAACUGGGAAGACUUUAAUGGCCCGUGCUUGUGCAGCACAAACAAAUGCCACUUUUCUUAAGUUGGCAGGCCCACAGCUAGUCCAGAUGUUCAUUGGGGAUGGAGCAAAACUUGUUCGUGAUGCCUUUCAGCUAGCAAAAGAGAAGUCUCCCUGCAUCAUUUUCAUAGAUGAAAUUGAUGCCAUUGGCACAAAACGGUUUGAUAGUGAAGUGAGUGGAGAUAGGGAGGUGCAGCGGACUAUGUUAGAAUUGCUCAAUCAGCUCGAUGGCUUUAGUAGCGAUGACCGGAUUAAGGUGAUAGCAGCAACAAAUCGUGCUGACAUCUUGGAUCCUGCCCUUAUGCGUUCUGGUAGAUUAGAUCGUAAAAUUGAGUUCCCACAUCCCAGUGAAGAAGCAAGAGCUCGUAUCUUGCAGAUCCACUCGAGGAAGAUGAAUGUUCAUCCAGAUGUAAACUUUGAAGAACUGGCUCGGUCUACUGAUGAUUUCAACGGGGCACAACUAAAAGCUGUUUGUGUGGAGGCUGGCAUGCUUGCCCUUCGCCGUGAUGCAACUGAGGUGAACCAUGAAGACUUCAAUGAAGGAAUCAUUCAGGUUCAGGCGAAGAAGAAAGCAAGCUUGAAUUACUAUGCAUAGACUGGAAAGUGGGAGGAUUCGGUUCAUCAAGUUCAUCACAAGUUUAUAUCAUGCACAUUCUGGACUUUUGGAAUAGUAGAUUAUUCAAGCUCAGUCCAAGACAAAAAGCGAAGCUACGAGUUAGAAACUUGUUCAGAAGAGUCGAAACUUUUUUUUUGUAUCGUGCAAUUUGGUGACAUUUUAUAUUUUUAUAAGACCACUGCCCAUAAUUUAUCAAUGUAGUCAAACCGUGUUUCAAUAUCGUUGACAUGUCAAAGGGUUGGUCUGUGACGUUCUCCAAUGGAUUGCAGGUAUUCUUCCA